CGCGUUUGUGUUCCUCGAAAAGUGAAACUCGAAAGCUGUUUCUCGACCGGUUAGCGUAAUCUGUGUAUAAGUAUUUAAAGAGAUUUUGGGUGCCACCCUACUUUGGACCAUUUGGAACUCGCUCAAGGCUAGAGAAUGUCGAUCAAUCUGCGAACUGUGUACGCCUUUGCCAGGGAAAUGUACCCCAAACUUUCCACGGAGUACAUUCAGUAUGGAACAGCUGGGUUUCGCGGCAAGGCCGAAUUCUUAGAUAGCGUCAUGUUCCGGAUGGGAGUGCUUGCCACGUUACGUUCUCGAUUUCGCGGCGGUGCAGUCAUCGGCGUAAUGAUCACUGCCUCGCACAAUCCGGAACCGGAUAAUGGAGUGAAGCUAGUCGACCCCAAAGGGGAAAUGUUAGAUGCUAGCUGGGAGUCCAUAGCGACGGAUCUGGUCAAUGUAAGCGACCAGGACUUGGAGCAGCAUGUAGCGAAAAUUAUUAAGGACAAUAGUAUCGACAUCACGUCGAGCUCCCAUGUGUUCGUCGGCAUGGACAAUCGGUACCACAGCCCGCGCUUAUUGAAGGCGGUGGCAGACGGAGUGAUAGCCCUGAAAGGCAACGUUAGGGAAUUCGGAAUAGUGACCACACCCAUGCUCCAUUUCUUUGUGGUGGCUGCAAACACUAAGGAGACGUACGGAAAGCCCACGGAAGAAGGAUACUAUGAGAAACUUAUUAAGGCCUUCGAGCUGCUACGAAACGGUCAGCUAGAGAACGGAAACUAUAAGAACAACGUGGUCUUCGAUGGUGCAAAUGGAGUCGGUGCUAGAAAAAUGUUGCAGUUUAUUAAGCGUAUGAAUAAGUCGUUAAACAUAUCUGUUAUAAACCAAGGCAUAGGACCUGGCAAGAUCAACGACGAGUGUGGAGCCGACUACGUCAAAGUACUUCAGCGGCCGCCCAUAUCCAUGCCGGUUGUGGAACCUUUCACGCGUUGUGUCAGCGUGGAUGGCGAUGCCGACCGAGUGGUUUACUUCUUCACCAACGAAAAGGGAGAGUUCCAACUGCUGGACGGGGACCGCAUUGCCACGCUAGUCGCCGGAUACCUAAUGGACUUGGUAACGCGGAGCGAGAUAGAUCUGCGUUUGGGCCUGGUCCAAACUGCGUACGCAAAUGGGGCGUCCACCGAUUACAUAGUCAACGAUUUGAAAUUCCCUGUUUCUUGUGUCCCAACUGGUGUUAAGCACCUGCACCACAAAGCCCUUGAAUACGACAUCGGCGUAUACUUUGAGGCAAAUGGACACGGAACAAUUGUGUUCAGCGACCACGCGAAGGCUACGAUUGCGACAGCUUCUGAAACGAAGGCUAGUGCCAAGACCUUGCUGCUCCUGAUUGAUCUCAUUAACGAAACUGUUGGGGAUGCCAUCUCAGAUAUGUUGCUUGUGGAGACGAUUCUGAACCACAAAGGCUGGGAUGUUAAAGACUGGAUAUCUACCUACAAUGACCUGCCAAACCGACAGUUGAAAAUUAAAGUCCAGGAUAGAAAUGUCAUCGAAACCACAAAUGCGGAAAGAGUUUGUGUCAAGCCAGAGGGUCUGCAAACGGAGAUAGAAAAUGUGGUAUCGAACUACAAACGUGGACGCGCCUUUGUGCGGCCUUCCGGCACAGAGGACAUAGUACGAGUAUAUGCAGAGGCUGCAACUAAAGAGGACACAGAGAACUUGGCCUACGAAGUGGGAGUACUCGUUCAAAGACUGGCAGGUGGAGUCGGACCGGAGCUGACAAAACCAGGCAGUGCACACCUAUAAACGAAUUGAUCACGCCGAAUAAAAAGCAAUAUUUUUCCGUGCUUCUUUUUAAAUUGUCCAAUCUCUACUUUUGUACGUUCAGUUGUAAAAGUUGUCUGACAAUAACUUUCAAGUGCAUUUAUAUAUGGUACUAUAUGUGUAACCUUUCACUGUCUUUUUUUAUACUAAAGAGCUAUAUACCCGA